CCAAAAAGCUAGGGUUUUUCACUCUCUCUCUUUCUCUCUCUGCUCGGCUGUCACAACCAAAUCGAAGCUAGGGUUUUGCAGAGAGAGCUUUGAAUCCCCUCCUAAGAAACGACAAUGGCAACCGUCGUUCCAACCUCCGAAGAAGAUCCCGCGCUCACCGUCGUCCGAUUCACUGCCGAACUCGCUUGGGCCGAUGCUGGUCCCGAGGUAGCGGAGCCGCAAGUGACGAGGCUUUGUCUGGAAGCGCAAGAGUGUAUGGUGAUGGGGAGAUGGUUGGAUUUGGCUUCUUUAAUGCUUACCUCUGCUGAUUUAGUCUUUUCCAAGGUCUCCGAUAAAGAUCUUGAGUGUAUCUUCACUGUAAUCUGCAAUCUUGUCUCGAAGCUUGACAAUCCAGAUGAAGAAUUUGAGGUGGCGAAACUCAUAUCCACAAAAAUCACUCAACAACCAAAUGACAAGCCUGUGAUGCGUUUAAAGAUCUUGUUUAAUCUCUAUAAUUUGUUGGAGGGCCCAGAUAGCCGGUUCUUUGUAUACAUGCAAGCAUUAAAUUUGUCAUUGAAUGGGAAAGUCACUGAUCCUAUCAUACCAUCUUUCAAAAAGAUUGAUAGUUUCUUGAAAGAAUGGAAUAUUGGGGUCAAGGAUCAAAGGAACCUCUUCCUUACUGUUGCAAACGUACUGAAAGAAAAUAAAAGCUCUGCAAAGGAUUCUUUCAAAUUCUUGACCAAGUAUUUGGCAACUUUCUCUGGUGAGGACUCAUACUCCAUGAGUGAAGCCAAGGAGGAAGCUGUGCGCACAGUCAUAGAAUUUGUGAAGGCACCUGACAUGUUUCAGUGUGAUCUGUUAGAUAUGCCUGCUGUAGGGCAAUUGGAAAAGGAUGCUAAAUAUGCAUUGGUCUAUCAGCUUUUGAAGAUCUUUCUGACUCAGCAGUUGGAUGCCUACUUGGAAUUUCAGGCUGCAAAUUCUACCUUACUGAAAAGUUAUGGUCUUGUUCAUGAAGAUUGUAUAACAAAGAUGAGGUUGAUGUCAUUGGUUGAUCUUGGCUGUAAUGAAUCUGGACAAAUCCCAUAUGCCCUCAUCAAGGAUACUCUUCGAAUCAAUGAUGAUGAGGUGGAAUUGUGGGUUGUUAAGGCCAUAACUGCUAAGUUAAUUGACUGUAAAAUGGAUCAGAUGAAUCACGUUGUGGUUGUGAACUGCUGCACUGAGCGCAUUUUUGGACAGCAUCAGUGGCAGUCUCUUCGAUCAAAACUAGCUACAUGGAGGGGUAAUGUUGCCAGUCUCAUCAGCACCAUUAAAGCAAACAAGGUUGUUGAAGAAGGCUCACAGGCAAUGCAAGGGAUGGCUAUUCGUUAAGAGUUAUUCUUUUAUAGUUAUUUUUGUUAGUCCUUUUGUUUGGAAGACCGUGUUUAUCCAGCAAUAGAUGAGAGAUUGUGAAUGGGGCAAAACUUUGUGCUCCAAGUGUUCCCAUGCUUUUAGUCAGAUCACGAUCCGAAUGACUCAGAAAUUUUGACAGUGCAAUUCUUGAUUCUAUUUUGUUUUCAA